AUGCUGCGCAUCGGUCAAUAUGCGUAUGGGUUCUUGACCCAAAAUUUCGCCGCCAUGGCCGGCACCAACUACCUCAUAACUUUCAACGUCAGCAUGACCGGCCCAGGAAACGGCUAUUGCACCUUCAGAGGAUCUACGAACAACUAUGACAUGAACAAUCGACGAUUUACCAGCUAUUCAGAGAUACUGCCGCCCACAGUCGUCUACUCAAGUGGAACGCUCCGAUCAGAUGUUACAUGGUUUAACAUGCUUGCCGAGUGUCCUCAAGGCCCAGGAUGGACCGUCACGCUCGACGACAUCGCUUUCUAUUCCUACAAGCCUAGUCCCGGUUAUGACCCUGCACCCGUGGUACCGGUCGUGAUCGUCGCGGGGGCGAGUUACUCUUAUGCGAACUCUGCCUUUCAGCAAUACAAUAUCCCGACGGUCCUCGAAGCACAAAGCUUUACCUUGACCGCGGACUUGCAGGUUGCGCUUCCUGGUGGCACCAGAUGCACAUUACAAUUGGGAUUCCAGACGAACCCCUUUUCCGGCUCAGACUGCGACACGUUCACAUCAUUUCGAGGCGGGAUUUUCUGUCAAACCUUCAGCACGGGCGGAAGUUUUCCAAUUAACGUCCACAGUGAGACUGAUUACAGCUACAACUCUCUGGAUGUCAUGCUAUCCUGCUAUGGGUCGAGUGGAAGUACACUGACGAUCAAUAACUUGUACCUGACUGUCAACACAUGA